AUGGACACGCGCACCAAGGUCGCAUCCGUCUGUCUGAGGUCUGAGGUCCACUUUCACGCCAGCAAACCAACACCAACACCACAACAAUCUUCACCACAACCACCAUCUCCUACCCCCCUGCACCACCAACCAACACCAUCACGCCCAGCCUCCUUGAAGACAUUUGCCGUACCUCUUCUCGCCGGUCGCCCGCUUCCUUCUCACCGUUUCUUCCCUGCCUUGCCUCACCUUGCCGCAGCACCUGCGCUAUCCCCUGUACCAGGGCCAGACGAGACCGGGAAUACUCCGUCUGCAUUCAGGCACGACCGCAGCAGACCACUGCAUACAAGCCGCGCCAGUCUCGUUCUCGCCGUGCCGGUGGAGUCGGCAAGUCUUGAAAUCGUUGCCCAACCCGACUUCUGCAUUUCAACCACGCUUGUCCAGGGGUUGGUUUCCUACGCCUAG